AUGUUUGCCAAGUCCGCCAUCUUCGUCCUCUACUGCCUCGCCUUCGCUCUCCUCGUCAAUGCCGCUGCCGUUGAGAACAACAAGCGUGCCGACAUUGGGGGAAUCAUCAACUCUCUCACCAGCGACGCGGGCUCAAUCAUCAACGAGGGCACCUCUCUCGCUGGCUCCAUCUUCACCGACGCGACCCAGAUCAUCAGCGGUGUCGGUACUUUCGUCACUUCGGUUGGCGGCCAGGCCGCGACCAUCGUCACCUCGGUUGGUGGUCCUGCUAUCACCGUCGUGGCCAGCGGCGAGGGUGUUGUAACUUCCUUCGCCGGCUCAGUCUACAAUCCCUCUGGCCUCCCUACUCCUCUGCUCAGCGGUUUCAUUACCGUCCUCGCGAGUAUGGUGUUCGGUGCAUAUGUCGCGUUCUAA